AUGCGUUCGUCAAAUGGACCAUCGAAAUUAUUCGUCGGAGAUAUUGGUAAUAAUCGUAAAUCUGAUUUAAAUCGUCUAUUCAGUAAAUAUGGCGAAAUCUCAACAAUUUAUAUUGAUGAUAAUAAACACUUUGGAUUUGUUGAAUUUAUAUCACCAAGCGAUGCACAACGUGCAUUAAGACAUACAAAUAAUAAAACAGUGAACGGUUCAAGACUUCGUGUUGAAUAUGCUAAAUCAGAUAAAGCAUCCCGAGAUAAUCGACCACCCGCGGUACGUGAACGUUCACCAGCAUCAACUUUAUUUAAUCAUUUACAGGUAACGGCGAAUCGUUUACCCUCAAUGCAAGCUAUUCGUCAAAGUUAUUAUCAAUAUCAUCCAGCUACAAUGAUGGCAAGUUCAGUCAUGCCUCGUGGUCGAUCUUUAACACCACCAUCAUUUAAACAGAAUGCUCGUCUAUCAUCGAUGAAUCAUUUACGAACACAAGAUUUUUAUCCACCGGUAUAUUCGCCUCAUUCAGUUGUUUAUCCCGAUUCAUCUUAUUAUCGAACAUACGGUGAUCCAUAUUUAAUGCAAAGAUUACCACCACCACCGCCAAGUUAUCUUCCUCCAGUAUCAUCACCGCCACCAUCGUCAUUGUCAUCCUACCGAAAUAUGUAUUCAUCAUCUGGUCAUCAUCGUAAUCCACCAGAGACGUCGCAUAGACGAACACGACAAAGUUGUAGUCGUGGUGGACGCAGAAGCUCAAAAUCACGAAAAAAUCCAUCGAGUCGUGAACGGGAACGAAAACGUAAACGACAAUCUACACCAUCAUCAUCGUCGUCAUCUUCUUCGAAAGAACCACGUGAACGUGGUCCACAAACACCACCACCAUCACAUAGAGCUAAAAAACGAUCUCGCUCUGGUUCGGAUGAAAAUGUUUCAACAUCUGAACAAAAAUCAGCUUCUGAUUCAUCUUCUGAAGAUGAAACUUCAGAAAAUAAACAAUCAAAAUCUAAAAGAUUUCAAGAUAAUGAUUCAAGUAGAAAGCAUUCUAAAAGAAAAAUAAGAAGAUAA